AUGGCAUCCCUCCGAUCAAUCCGCGGCGUCCUGCGAGCGCCCGCCCAAGCCCGGCCGCAGACACUCGCCCCUCGCCAGCCGUUCCUCUCGCCAGCCAAUAUCCAGGCCUUCCACAGCUCGCCCCGCUCAAAAUUCCCCUACAAGGACGACCAGGACCGCGAGUCCCUCAAGCCCAAAUCCACCGAGGGCAGCAAGAGCGGCACAGACGACGCCGCGGCGCAGUCCGACGCCGCAUUCGACCCCUCAACAACGAGCCCCGAGGGCGCAAAGGAGCAGGCCGAGGGUGAGGGCCACGGGGAACCGCUCGAGGUGAGCGGCGCGAGCCACGAGAAGUCAAAGCCCCUCGGGAACUCGGGCGGAGGGGAGAUGCAAGGGACCACGAAGCAGGAGAACAAGAAGUCGAGCCAUGGCCACAGCCCCGAGAAGAAGGGCAAGGUGUAG